AUGCCGCCAUAUGUCGUCAUCAUGGAUAUCGACCGAGAUCUCCAGAUCCCACAUUCUGGUUGGACAAAAAUCACCAAAAGGAUGAAUGCCCAGGUGGACGACCAGGCUAAUCUCGGUAGUGAGUACGGACUGACCGUCGUCAUCGGCCCCUUUUACACCAACAUGGCCAUGAUUCUUCAAAUGAAUGGCAUCCCAUACGUCGUCACAGAUUACAAGGGAUUUGAUUGGGUGGACAACAACCGUGUAACGGACUCCGUCCAAUGGCAUUCAGUAGUGGAAAUGAGGCCUGCUGCGUCAGAAAUAAACCUAGCCAUUGUUGAUCUGUGCAAGACACAGAACUGGACAAGUGUCGUGGUAGUACUGCCAGAUAACCCACGAGAGAACCAGGAAUGCAAGGAUUUGGUGAAUCAGAUGAUUGAGAGUAAUAUAUCGCCAAUUCCUUACGCCGUCAGUCUUGGCAACAGGAGAAUGACCAAUGAACAAACGCGAGACGUCCUGAGAAACGCACAGAUGCUGGAACAGCGCGUGGUACUCACGUGCAGUCCGCGUGACGAGAAAGACAAGCUUGUAGAAACAGUCUUAAAGGAGGCCAUGGCAUUUGGUCUCUUGGAAGAUGAACACAACGUCUUCAUCUUACUUGAUACGUCCAUGUACCUAGAACCACUCAAAGAGAUGAACAUGUAUAGGAAAGGGCUGUACGCCGUAAGAUGCCGCCUGCUGGCCUUCAGGUACACAUUUAACAACGUCAACUUGACAAGCAGUCAGGAGGCUGCAGCAACGGACGCAGCAGAGCUGGUCAGUAGAGCCCAAACACGCUACCUCGAACUGUCUGGGGACUUCUUCGACCCUGAUUUCUCAAAAGCGAGGUUCCUGGAGGCACUUCGCCAGGUGACUUUCGACUCUCCAUUGACUGGUCAUGUCCAGUUUGAUGAUGAAGGAAAGCGUGUUAAUUACACGUUACGAUUGGUUAACCAUGGGGGUAUGGGUCUAUUUCACAAGGUUGGGGAAUGGAACCCCGGCGGUGCGAGUGUCCAGGAACGGUUACGAUUGAGAAGAUCUAGUCUUGAUGGUGAUCAGGAUCAAGGCAGCAUUUUCGAUGACGUCCUCAAAGUCGUCGUCGUCAUCGAGGAACCUUUUGUCAUUCGAAGGGAAGGUCGGAAUGGUCAUAGUUACGAGGGAAACGAUCGCUACGAAGGAUUCACUAUCGAUAUUCUCCGGGAACUAGCAAAGGUUCUCCAGCUUAAAUAUGAAAUUUAUGAAAGUCCAUACAACGUUUAUGGGUCGGAGUACGCUAACGGUUCAUGGAAUGGUAUGGUAGAGGAGGUUCUCUCAGGGAGGGCGAACAUUGGGAUGGGCGCCAUUUCUAUCACGUCCUCAAGGGAAAAGGUUAUCGAUUUUAGUCUUGGAGUGAUCAGCACGGGAGUCAACAUGCUCAUCAAGAAACCGAAAGAGGCAAAAAACAUUUUCCAGUUUAUGGAGCCUUUCUCACUGAACCUUUGGCUAGCCACUGUAGGCGCGUCCUUUGUAGUGUCCGUCAUUUUAUACAUUCUGGAUUACACCAGCGUCGAGAGACAGUUUACAGUCAAGGAAACCCUAUGGUUUUCUAUAGGCACACUGCUCAUGCGCGGCACUGAUUUUUCUCCACGGCCGACAUCACAGAGGAUCGUCACGGCUGGGUUCACAUUCUUCGUUCUCAUUACAGUCAGUACGUACACAGCAAACAUGGCUGCCUUCCUUACUACGACAAACCUGGAACAGCCUGUUACGUCACUGGAAGAGCUCGCGGAAAGGAGCGAUAUCGAAUGUGGCACUAUAGAUAAGUCAGCGACGAUGAAGUUCCUACAAGAUGGCAGUAGACCUGUAUACAAACAGAUCUGGGAAAAAAUCCGCGAGUCUGAUUACGGAUUGGUUCAGAACUCCUCAGUGGGCAGACAAAGAGUUGAGCAAGGACAUUAUGCCUUCAUAUUCGAUUAUCUUAUCAACCUUUACUCGGAGAAAAACUACUGCGAGACUAAGAUGGUGGGAAUACCUGUCCGAUUACAGGAACACGGGAUUGUGAUGCCUGCCGGGGCCUCUUUUAAAACUAAAAUCAAUAUUGGCCUCCUGCAACUCAAGGAGAGAAAUUUUAUUCGAGAUAUGCAGAAAAAGUGGUGGGAUAACAAGCGUAAAUGCGACAAUCAAAUGGCUAGUCGAUCGUCAACGCAAGUCGAGUUUUCCAUUGGUCACAUGGCGGGAGUUUUCAUCGUCGGAGGUUUUGGUAUGGCAUGCUCAGUGGCAUUUUUCCUCUUCAAGAAGUUUUACCUGUUAGCGAGAAAUGACAACGAAAAUGAAAAGAUGCCAGAUAGUGUUUUACUUGACAACACACAUAAGAUACAGGGAGACAUGUUAUAG